AUGGCCCCUCAAAAGAAAAGCAAGAAGGAUGCCAACUCCAUCAACUCCAAGUUGGCGCUGGUGAUGAAAUCCGGCAAGGUCACUCUUGGAUAUAAGUCUACACUGAAAGCCCUUCGCUCCGGCAAGGCCAAGCUCAUUAUCAUUGCUGGCAACACUCCUCCCCUGCGCAAGAGCGAGCUCGAGUACUACAGCAUGCUGUCCAAGGCCCCCAUCCACCACUUCUCCGGCAACAACAUUGAGCUCGGCACUGCCUGCGGAAAGCUUUUCCGCUGCUCCACCCUCGCCAUUCUGGACGCUGGCGACUCGGAUAUCCUGAGCGACCAGCAGGCAUAA